AUGAUAUAUCCAAAUGAUGUUAUGAAUGAAGUUCUCCGUGACGAAAUUGGAUGUGACUUAUUUAGAAAUUAUUUAAAAACUAUAUAUUGUUCAGAAACUUUACAAUUUUGGACAGAGAUUGAAGCAUUCAAAGCCUUUGCGCCACCACCAAAAACCGAAAAUAAUGGUACCCUUUUAGCUUUUUCAUCAACUCCAAUUGAAUCAUCAUCAUCUUCAUCAAAUAAUAAUAAUAAUACAUCUUCAAAUAAUAAUAAUAAUAAUGGUGGUUGUUUCUCAUCAAAUAAUAAUAAUAGUAAACAAGAUAACACUAAAUAUUUACCACAAGAUGAACUCCACGAAAAAGCACAAAAUUUAUUCGAUAGAUUCCUUGAGAAUGGUUCAGAAUUUGAAUUAAAUAUCGAUGCACUUAGCAGAGAAGUUGUACGUACCAAACUUUCUGAUGAUAUCGAUUCUUCAUUAUUUGAUGAUGUACAAAAGGUAGUUUAUGAAAGUCUUUGGAUGGAUUGUUUCCCACCAUUCACUCAUACUUUAGCAUACAAUAGAUAUAAACAAGAUACUGGAAAAUGUCAUUUACCAGAGUUCUUACGCAUUAGCUUCAAAAGAAAGUCACCAAAGAAAGAUGAUAAUAUUAGAAUGAAACCAAUUUCAAAAUAA